GAUUCAUCUUAUCAAAGUUCGUCUUUGUAAUGGGGAGUUGAUAUGAAUGACUCAUUUCUGUCGAGGGGGGGGGACCCGGUAAUAAUAAUAGUAUGGAAAAAAAAACAUUGUUUAGGCUUGUGCACAGGAUAUCCUCGGCAUUUGUCACACACAUCCUCUUGAUUGGGCUUGGGAAACUUGUGAAAUGGAAAUGAGUUGUCAGUGUUGUACUGAAGAUGCCGGCAAGUUCACUCACACCAGUGUACAUGGAUACGAAUGAUGCACGUGCAGGCAAGCAUGAAUGGAUGAUAUGAGGUCUUAACAGCCAGCUUCCAGGGGCUGAAUCCUGGUGAUCACCAUCCCUUCGAGUCACCUCCUAUUGACUACGUGUACGUGGAACUGGCAUCAUGACCACCUUAUCAGCUAGCCAUGAGCUCUUGGAGCUUGCCCGACACCUCAAGCAGGAGCACCUCUUUGUCCUGUCGGAGAAGCAGCUCUUACUUCAGCUGCACGAGGAGGUCACCCAGCUUGCCGAUAAGCUGUUCCGGAUGUCCUGGAUCACGCAGCAGCAGCGGCAGACCCUGAACAGCCUGACGCUGACCCGGGUGGACGUCCCUCCCAACUACUGUUGCUACCGGGCCAAUGCGCUGGAGAAGUGCGCCUUCGUGGACAGCUACAAGCACCUGGGCUUCCAGGACACCUUGUACGGCGAGUUCCUUGGAUACCUGCGCGACAACCCCAAGGCAGUGGCCCUGUGCCUGGUCCUGGGGGAGAAGGAGCAGACGGAGACGGCCAAGGAGGUAGUCCGCUCCAUCAUGUCGGCCGUGUAUGGCAACUGCAUCGUGCAGGAGGAUGAGCAGAGGGCGCUGCACUUGCUCCAGUAUCUCAUGGAGCAGCAGCUGGCCGACAGCGAUGAUCCGCGGCGUCUGAUCCGGCGCGGCACCUGCGCCAUCAGCCUGGCCUUCCGACUCUUCACUGAGGGCCUCUUCUCCACCCGGCUGUACCUGACGGCUGCUCUCCACGAGCCCAUAAUGUCCGUCCUGAUGGAUGACGACGUGCCCUUGGAGACGGACCCCCAGAAGGCGCUAGACCACUUCACUCCCGAGGAGCGAGAGCUGCGUUUCGGCACCCCGGGCACAGAAGAGUACCGCCAGUGCCUGCAGGCCCACCUGGAGUCCAUCGUCACCCAGCUGGUGGCCAUGUGCAAUCGCUUCAUUGACGGGCUGCGGAACAACGCCUACUGCUUUCCGCAGAGUCUGGACUGGAUCAUUACCCAGCUCCACCAGAUCCUGCUAAAGUCCGGCCGGGUGGAGCCGUUGGAGGUCAGGGCCACCUGCGCUGACCUCCUUAUGAAUUUCUUCGUCUGCCCCGUGAUUGUGAACCCAGAGUCAUACGGCGUCAUCACGGACAUCAUGAUCAGCUCAACGGCGCGGUUCAACCUGAUGCAGGUGGGGCAGAUCUUGCAGGGACUGGCUAUGGACAAUAGUGGCUCUACCACACCAGCACAGGCCAGUGAUAUCUACAGUAGGUUUCCAAAGGGCUGUAUGUCAUCGUUCCUCGACACACUGAUUGACAACAUGAGCUCAUCGGAUGCACCCCCGGGGGUCAGUCAACUGCAGGGGAUGACCAGGACGUCGGCGCUGAUCACGGAGACUGAGCUGCACAACAUGGUGUCGUUCUUUCGCAUGGUGACUACUGCCAACCCCAAUGAGCCAGCGCUCAAGGAGCUGGACUCCCUGCUCUCCAAUCUUCCCCACACCUUUGCCUCCACCCCGGGGGCCAGUCUGACCCCCCACAGUGGUCUCUCACCCAAGGUCCCCAGCGGGAGUUCCUCACCCAAGAUUGGCAGUGGACACGGGCCAAUCACCAAGAAAACAGGCAGUUCCUUGAAAGGGUCCAAGAAAUCCCUCGGUGGCUCCAUAAAGGUCGGCCAGAAUGCGCAAGAUGAAGACGAAGGGCUGGAUGCAUCCAUCUCGCCCGAUACUCCGCCGGUCCCCCAACCAGAAGAUGUGUUGGUGGUGGCAUUUGGGAACCAGGGAAAUGAAUGCCCCGGAAUGCUCUCCGAGGCCAAGGUGUUAAGCUCUAACCCGUCUCGUCCCAAGCCCAAGUUGAGUCCCACGACAGUCCAGGGCAAUCUGGCGGCCAUCAGCGAACAGCCUGAGAAACAGCUACGAUUCUCUGACGAUGCCGACGCCUCGGGGAACAGCGAUCAUCUCAUGGAGGCCAUGUCCAUCGUGGCCUCAGAGUAUUCCGUGGAUCUGGAAGGGGAGAUGGCUAGUAACCUGAGCGGCCGUAACACGCCGCGGUCAGCGGUCAGCUUGGCCAGCAGCUCCACUGACCACAACCGGCCCGACCUGAUCGAUUCCACCCAGCUUCCCAACAAUGCCAACAUCACGGAUCGUUUUGGCAAGUUUGAGAUCGGGGAUGCCCUGGAGAAGAAGAAGGCACAGGGGAAUCCCGAAACAUUCAGUGAGACUUGGAGCACGGAGGUGAUCGGCAGCGACACCUCGGAGCCACCCUCUGAGCCCAACCCCAUUGAGCGCCUGCAGGAGAUCGCCGAGUCCCAGGAGGACAUUGAGCUGGCCGGGGCCCAGGCCGCCUCCCUGCUGGGCAUCCGGCACUCGGCGCCGGACAUCUCGGAGACGGCCAGCGAGACCUGGAGCGUAGAUGUCCUACAGAGCGACUCGGAGCCGCCCGAGGACAGGAUGCAGGAGGUGGAGGACGUGGCCCAUGAAGAGGCCAUCCAGGCUUCCCUGCUAGAGGCUGACACAGAUAGGACAUCUUCCAAAACCAGCGAUGGGCCCAGCUCAAGGCGGAGCUCCUCUGACAGUCCCAGCGUUGAUGAUGGGGCCAUCAAGAAGGAUACGAGCUCAGACGCCACAGAAGAUUCCAACACCCACUACUUUGACCCUAUGGAGGAUCCAUCCAUGCUGAAGGGGUCUUCUCCCAUGGGACCAUCAAGCAGCUCUUCCUCACAGACCAACAACGACCACCCAGAGGGAUUUUCAAGAAAGCCACUGCCGCCGCAGGAGGAGUUCAUGCUGAGGCGCUCCUCCCCGCUCGUGGAUGACCGGCAGCGGAAGCUCUCCAAGGAGGACCGUCCCUUCUCGAGCUUCCUUGAUCAGUUUGAUCCCGUGGGGAUCAGGAAUAACUACACCCUGAGAAGCGGUGCCGAGCCAAGUGGAACUGCACCGGCCAAGCCGGACAGCAAAGCCCAGGAGGACCUCCUGCAGGAUUUUGAUCCUUUCGCCGCCCUGAGCGCAAGAUCAUCCAGCACACUUCCGCCGUCGAUUGGACGACAGGGAGACAUCCCCCUUGGGGCCAAGCCCAAGAAAAGGAGCAAUUCCACCCAGAAGAUCUCCUCCAGACAGGCCGGAUAUGUAUCCUACAAUGAACUCCAUGGGCUAAACCAGGAUUUUGGUGCCCCGGGGAGACAGCAGCGCAGCAAUCCCUUUGAUCUCGUCCAUGACGGUCUGUCCCAUGUCAACCACGGUUUCUUUGAGCCGAGUGUGCCCUCCACCCAGCCUGACCCGUUCCAGCCAGACGUCUUGACUCCAUUUGGCAACCUGGACCCUGCGGCACCUGUCAGCCACACUUCCCAGUCGCUUUUUGCCCUACAGCCUCAGCAGCAGAACGCCUCCUACCGGACGCCGGGACUGGACUCGGACAGCGGCAUGGUGUCGGCGGACUCCAGCGAGCAUCUGUCCAAUCGUGUGGUAAGCUCCAUCAGCACGGCCAGCAGCAGCAGUGCCUCCUUCCUCAACGUGUCCCUGGAGAGCUCCGCCAAGCCCCCUGACUUCCUCGCCCAGAUAGGGGGCCAGGCCUCGGACGACUGGAGCGGGCUGGAGCAGCGCGAGUCCGGCAGGGUACAGAGCUUCCCCAGCACCUCCUCAGGUUCCAGCUUUGGCUUGGGCCCGACUGGAUCCACAGAGAUGGAACAGAAACAAGGCAGCAAUGUUUUGUUCCAGAGGUCAAACAGUACAGAUGCCUCCUAUCUGAUUGAUGACAACAAGGCUAAACUAGAUGUUGGUGACAGUGACAAAAGUAGAUCCUGGCUGAAGAAGAAAGUCAUUCAAAUACACAAAAUAGCGGCCCGGAAACCAAGCAAGAAACAUGGAACCGUCGCAGAGCGAGAAGACCGGGAGAAAGAUCGCGAGUGGGAACAGGAGAAGAAACACUCGGAAGUCGCUCAGAUCAUCCCAAACCUGGCUCUGGUGCAGCACACAUUCAAAGAUGACGGGCUGAAAGCUGCUUCGGUUCCUGAAACCAGUAGUGAAGACAUUCUGAACAAGUACCGUGGCCUGCAGCGGUCACAGUCAUCAGAGCUACUGGAAAGUGACCACCUAGGACAUGAGUUGAGCAACUUGGAAUCGUCUACUGAGUCCAGCGGCAGCCGCAGCUGCGACAAGCCCGACUCGGGUGGUGGCCUGUCGGACCCACCGGACGUGGAGCCGGAGAACCUGGAGGAGUCGUAUGCCUUCCUGGAUGCCAAGCGCAAGCUGCGCAUCGUCCUGCGUUCGGCCGAUGUCCACAGCCUGCCCUGGCUGACCAACCUGCGCGUGCCCGAACGGGCCGCCUCGGAGCGGGCCCUGGGCAUCUCCCGGGGCUACCCGGAGAACAAGCUGGUGGCCUUCCUGAAGGUGCAACUGGCUGAGGCCAUGAAUCUCCAGGACAGGUCCUUGAUGGCCCAGCUGAGAGAGACUCUAAGAUGCAUUCAAGCCUUCGAUAAUGAUGGGUGUGGAAGGCUACUUGCCUGCUUGAGGGAAGACUAUGAGAACCGCGCACCGUACAUAGCCUACCUGGUACGCAGUCGCAAAGGGCUGGCCUCCUCACGGGCUCACCUUCACCGACUGCUAGACAGAGUGGAAAGGGACAAAGCAGUGGUCAACAAGUAUUUUACGAUGGUACUGGUGCGUCUUUUCCUGGAGAGACAAGAGAGGAGUGUUUUAAAAUUUAUUGAGGACUUCAAGGCCCUCACUGCUGCCGAUGAGAAGACCCAACUUGUGAAAUUCUUCCUUACGACCCUCAACAACUGGAUAAUACAAGAUCCUAUUUGGGAAGCCGCCAGCGAUGCACAGAUGAACGAUGCAGAGGUAGCAACAGAACGGGCCAUCAUGAGCCGCAUCUACAAGCUGGCUGUCUACCCCAACGACGAGGCGGACGUUGCCAGGGACAGGGUUCUGCAGGCUCACAUCUUCAGGCUGUCCAGAGUGAUCACUGUCAAUCACAAGGCCCUACAAAUCCCGGAGAAAUACGGGAGGGAGGCCCCCUGGCCUGCCGCCCAGGCUGAGAUACUCAACAUUAAUGUCUACAAGACACCCAAAGACAAGCUAGGCUGCAUCUACCGCUGUUGUAAGAUCAUCAUGAACCUCCUCAGCCUAGCCAAUGAAAACUCGGCCGUCGGCGCCGACGAUUUCUCGCCAGUGCUCAUGUAUGUCCUGAUCAAGGCCAACCCACCUAGUCUCCUGUCCACUGUCCAGUAUGUCAACAGCUUCUACUUUGAAGGGGAGCAGUCCAGGGAGAACGGGGACGGGGAGGAGCAGUACUGGUGGAUGCAGUUCUGUGCAGCCAUCGAGUACAUCAAGACGCUGGACGACAGGAAAUAAAAGAGCGGUACGCGCUCUCGCUUUCCUGUGACCCAACCUUUAAAUACUCUCAAGUUGGGUCACACCUUGAGGGAUGACAUACCGCGCUUCCGCUUCUACCACUUCCAAUCCCUUCCAGUUUUGGAUGAAUUAGAAUGUUCUAUAAAAGUUUGACACUGGGGAGGCAUCAUUUGAGGGAGGGAUGGGCAAAGGUUGAUCCUAGGACCAAAGUUUAGUUUUUUGGGGGGCCCCUAAAAUUCUGUAAAUAUUUUUAGUUAACGCUUUGCGGCCUUUCUGAGGGUGAGGCUGCAUUUUGGUGCUUUUUACAUGCAUUGGAUGAAAGGGAAAGAAUUCCCCCCCCAACUACAUGUAUUUGGCUUUGUUUUGUGGAGGGGUCUAUGGCCGUCCUGUUGGCCUCGGUGGAUUUGACCUUGGGGUUGGGAAGCCUGCGUCAGUCUCCUCACUGUUGGGAAAAUGGAGCUGAUGUGAGGAGUGCCACCAGGUGUUGUUAGUAUUCGCCUUCUUUGGACAUGUUAGCCCCAUUGUUUUGCUAGUUACCUCCCCACACCCCUAUGCCACUCUCUUGAGGCAUUUAAGGGUAAGUCGCCCAAGGUCACAUCCAACAUCACACGUGGCACAGUGGGAAGAACGCAGGUGUGUCUGGGAUGUGUUCCCUGUAGUCCAAGUGUUAUUACAGUAGUGUUUCAUAGGUCAGGGGAAUUCUGUGUUGCCUGGCUAGGCCUCCCGACAGCUUCAUCAGUUUCAAAUCUUUACUCCAGUGUUAGGCAGCACAGCUCUCCAGUAACAUAAGAAAAGGUUCCAUAAUUUCAGCUGGUUCUGAUCAAAACUUAGGUUUUUAACAUUUGCCAAUAGUAUCUUCACUUUUGUUGGGAUUGGAUUCAGUAGAGUAUUGCUGUUUGUUUGAUUGUGAUAAACAUUGAUUUAGCAUACAUGUAGCUUUGUUGUUAUAUUUUAUAUCAUUGCAUAUAUCUUUUAAUUUCUAUCAAAGAAUGUCUAUAGAGUGGGAUUGUAUGUACAUUUGUAUUUUAUUCCUAGGUUCAAGUUUCAGAAUAUUGAUUUUCGUGAUUCGUUUAUUGUCUGUUGUAUCUUUCUUGGACAACUUGCAUUUUUCAUUUAUUCGUUGCAAGUCCUUUUGCAGGGGUAAAAGCAGGCUUUGUGAGGUUUAAGUUAGGAUGUUGGUACCAUACGGUAUACAUGUCGAUUUUUCCCCUGGGUCAAAUUUAAGGGGAAAAUACCAAAGUCUCCCCUAUACGUCUCUGUGCUUAGCUUUCAAAGAUGGUAUUUCAUGUAUAUUCAGAACAUUGUAGCACACAAUUUGUCACGCAUUACAUGCACACCUCUUUACAUAUGUAAAAAAAAUCCUAUCUGGUUAUAUCUUGUCUACCAUGUAUGAAUGUGCUUGUUUCUUUCUGAAUUAUUGUGAUUAAGUCAAAUUCUUUGGAUGAGUGUCAGAGUAGAUACGAAAGCAUAGAUUGUACUCGUAGGCGUGCAUAUACCUGCCAAGCUGUCGUACUCCUCCCUGAGGUCAGGCAUCGCCAUAUAAUAGAUUAGAAUUAUAAAUGAACCGAGUGUUCAUCUAAAUACCUUUUAAUGUAUUGUGUGGUGAUGCCUGACCUCAGGAAGGAGUAUGACAGGUUGGCAGGUCAGCAUGCAUACCACAAAAUGUUUGUAUAUGUAGUAUGGACUUGUAUUAGGGGCUUUCCACAAAGUACAGGUGUAAAAAUGUUGCUUUUUAGAUCGUCCCAUAUAUCAUCCCAUAUUGCCCUUUGAUUUUUCAGAACCGUGGCAACGGUAAUGGUGCUAUCCAAAUAGUUCGGGUGAAAGAUAUCACGCUGUGUUUGUUGUCAAAGCUUGCCCCAGGAGGUACCAGCGGAAGUUGGAGAAAGUGCAUUCAAUUCAUGCCACUUUGUUGAGCUAGUCUUCUCCAAGACAUUGGAUUUUUUUCAUGCUCUCCAAAUUUUUUGUCGGGAUAAUCCUGAUUCCGGGAUUUUUCAAACAACCUCCUAGAAAAGCUGGGAAAUCCUGGCUUCCAUGCAAUGGAACCUUUGCUGCCGUGGGGCCCUGAAACCCUCUGGAAAUUGUUGUCAUGGAUAAUUGUUUCAUUUUCCUCCAGUCUCAGCCCUGCUGAAUGGGUUGACACAAUGUCAAAAGCCCCUCUCCCUAUACAUCCAUACAUACUUUAUGGAAAACUCCUUUUUUUAGUAAUUGGCAUGCUUCAGAAUUCUUUUGAAAUAGUGAACAGGGAAUGGCAUGCCCAUUUCAGAUAAUGAAGUAAGUACCUCUAGUUUAAUUCAGUUCUGUGCCAAGUGCUGCAGCCAGUAUUAAAACUGUAUAUAUAGCAACCAUGCUCAUGUCUGUUUGUGCUGAUGGAUUGAUAUCCGGGGGAAAUGAAAGCUUUGGUAUAUGUAAUUUAGAAAAUGACUGUACAUAGUGUGUUGUAAACUUGUCACUGAUAAAUGUAUAUGAUCAUGUGUCAGGGAUUGGAGACUCGUAAGGUUUGGUGUGAUUUUGUGUGAUUUUGACAGCAAAGACCAGAUUGUGUAUAAAUGUACUGUACAUGCCAUCACAGGGCAGAGUUUAAGCUGAAAGUCACGUACGUUUGAAUUAUGAUUGUGGGCUUGAAAAUAUGUGGUGCGAUAAUGUUGACUCCAAAAGUGCAGAUCAGUGACUACCAAACCGUACACUUACAGUGCUUGACAGUUGUGAAAUUUGCCUUUUUGAAAACGAUGAACCAACAAAACUGACUGGAGCAGGAUUUGAGCCUACAACUCCUGUCCAUCAUGCCAGCACUGUGCUGUCUGAGCUGUCUAGUUAAUUAUUUAGACUUGGCGCCUGCAUGGUUUUGGCAAAUGGUGACACCCUAUUGGCAUGAUUGGUGUUGUUGUGCAGGUGUACCACCUGGCCACGAGCAUUGUACCAGCACGGUAAUGGCUUCCAAUUCAUUGCUGAAAGUAGCUAACCCCAAUAUUUUUACGCACACCAGAAUUCAGUGGAUGCACAACAUUGUUGUAUACAAUGGGAUUUAGCAGUCAACACAAGUGGAAGGUUACACUGUGUCAUAGAGGGUUUGCAUGGCUCUCAUCUUGCAAGCCUCUGCUUUUGUGCCACAGGGUGUGCACGAAGGAGGCUUCCCAGUGGAACAAAAGAACUGCCCUGCAAGAUGGCUGCCACGCAAAGCCUCUGUAGUGCAUAGGCCAGUGUAUGUCCCAUCCUGGAGGAAUAAGAACCCUCCACAAUCUCAUCCACUGCUGCAGUGCUUCAGAAUCCACUCCGACGCUGUAGUCACACAUAGUGGGGAUCUUAUUUUCAGUGUUGUUGCAGUUCAGUGCAUUUGGCAGGUUGCUGCAAAAUGCAACCAGCUGGCCUGGAACAGGGCGAAUGCACAGUGCCAUGGCUGAAGUUUAAUCAGUGAACUGUGCAGUGUAAAAAAAUCCACUGUUGGGAGUCUGGUUUGCUGCAGCAGAGCCAUUGGGACUGUCAGAGUGUGAGUGAGAGAGAGAAAGCCCAUAGGGGGUCAUGAUUAUAGUAAUUAUAUUUCAUGUCAAAAGAUAUGUCAUGUAAUAGCUCUUAGGUAUGCAAUAUGUCAUGUCACAUUAUAUACCAUGUCAUAUUAUAUGGCAUCUUGGCCCAUGAGAUGCAAAUUAUGACUGCUUCUUGUGCAGUUGCUUGGCCUCUGCAUUUGCAUCAUGAAAAGAUGUGGCAGUUGAUGUUGAAAAUGUUCAUGUCGAUUAAACUGCAAAUAUUUGAUUUGAUUGGUGUCUACAGCCUGUAGCUUAGCCUUGCAAGUGUUGUCUUCAGAUAGGUUUGUAAAAAGUUUGAAUCAGCAGUCACAUCGUUAGCACUGUAGUUUCAGAGUGUGACAUGAACCAAAUGUAUAAAGUGAUCAUUUUAAGUUGAGCUUUCUCAUGGAAAUGUGUACAAAAGGUUUAUUGGAUUGGCCAAAGCUGAUGUACGUGUAGAAGUCUAAAGCAGAUUGAUGUUCCUGUAAUUUCUUGCAAUUCAUAAUUUGGCAGAUAGACACGAACAGAGACCAGUUGUGUACUGUGGAUGUUUUAUUAGCCAUUGUAACAAUUUUCAAAAGAUUUUUUCUAGGAGGUUUUGGACAACAUUUGUUUUGUCGUGAGUUAUAUGAAUUACAAUUGAUUUUUUUUUCAUUUCUCUCUAGGGUUCCGGGGUCAGACUGUACACGGACGUACUGAAGAGUUGCAUUUGAGUAAAUGAGACUUUCCCGGGUAACUGAGUCCAUCUUGGAAUGUUCCACAAUCGACUUACACUGAAGCCAAGAUAUUCACAAUGCAUCCGAACUGACACUCAUUCUCAGACUGUUGUGAACAAAGCGUUGUCCAGAUAAUGACGGCUGAUUUCCGGGUUGUUGCUGCUGCAUUGUGUGUUGAGACGGGAGGGGGUAUGGACCAUAACCUGACAGCUGUAAUGACCACGGAGUGAAAUUUAGUAAAUUAGGUACAGACUUGGAUUAGCAUUCAUAGCCAGUGGAUUACUUCAUUAGAUCCAACACUGAUUUUUUUUUAUAUUAUGUCAGAUGUAUUUUAUUGGUUGUUUUGAUUGAAUAUGGCUGCAGUCAUUCAUUUGAUAUCAGAGAGAGUAAUUUUUAAAACGUCAAAUAAAUAUCAAAGAAUGUUACCUAAGUUUGCGUUUGGUGAUAAAAAAAUUAUCCACGAAGUGUGGAGUCGUGUACCGAUUGUUCAGGAAUUUCUCUUCGAAUUGGCCUUGCAUUUAUUAAUCACCGUGAAAUAAAAGCGCACCCCAUUGCUGUGUUACAGGUUGGCAACUGGUAACUUACAUUGACAAGAUAUACAGUAGCCUUUUCUCCCCUAAUGCACAUUAUUGCACGUAAUAGGUUGGAUUUUAAGUCCAUUUAUUUUUAAAAUCGUUACUGGCUGUCGUCCCAUAAAAGUCCUUUGGUUUGUGUUGAUUCAUUUUCUAUUUGUAUGUUUUAAUAAUUUUAUUAAGGGAAUAAAUGUAUUGGAUCGGUCUUUAACAGUUAA